AUGCCCUUGCAGUUUGUGGGCACUAUCGAGUCCCUCGGCAGCGAGGUGGCCGGCCUGUCCAUCGGGGACCGAGUGAUGAGCCCCUUCACCGCCAGCUGCGGCGCCUGCUUCUACUGCUCCAAGGGGCUGACCUGCCGAUGCAGCCACCCAGAGGCGCAGCUCUUCGGCUGGAUCCAGGAGCCGGCCCCAGGGGAACCCGGCAGCUCAAGGCCGCGCGGCCUCCAUGGCGGGCAGGCCCAGUAUGUGCGUGUGCCCCUCGCCUCCAGCACCCUGGUCAAGGUCCCUGAUGACGUCAGCGAUGAGGAGGCGCUGCUGCUGGGCGACAUCCUCUCCACGGCCUUCUUCUGCGCCGAGCGCGGGGGCGUCGCGGAGGGCGACACCGUGGCCGUCGUCGGCCUGGGCCCCGUCGGGCUGCUGGCGGUCCUGGCUGCGCGCCACCUAGGCGCGGCCAGGGUGUUCGCCGUCGACGGCGUCCCCGGCCGCCGCGCGCAGGCGGCCAAAUUCGGGGCCGAGCCGCUCGCGCCGGAGGACGCCGCCGCGGCGGCCGCGGCGGCGACGGGCGGGCGCGGCGCGGACGUCGUGCUGGAGGCGGUCGGAGCGGGCGGGGCGCUCGCGCUGGCGUUUGACCUCGUGCGGCCUGCGGGCGUGGUGUCGAGCGUCGGCGUGCACACGGCGGCGGGGUGGCCAUUCACGCCGGUGGACGCCUACAACAAGAACGCCACCCUCAGGUUUGGUCGCUGCCCCGCGCGCGCAUACAUGGAGCGCGUGCUGCCCAUCGUGCAGUCCAAGAAGUGGCCCUUCGCGGACAUCAUCACGCACCGCAUGAGCCUGCGCGAGGGCGUGCGGGCUUACGACAUGUUUGAGCGGCGGAAGGAGGGCGUGAUCAAGGUAGUGCUGGACCCCUGGAGAUGA